AUGAGUCUGAUCCAACCGUUCAUUUCUCAUAUCGAUUUUAGAGACUUGAAGAAGCGUCAGGUUCGGCUACUACACCUAUCGGUAAAGGAGUUUAUUACGAAGUCACUAGUUUCUCCUGGGACACCAAAUAAACUAUCAUCCGAGUUCUGCACAGAGAUAGUAGAGGCAGAGUUACUGAACACCUGUGUCAGAUAUCUUCUACUAGAGGAGAUUGACCAGAGGCGCCUUUUCUCUGACGAGCAGCUCGCUAUUGAAGCUCUACCGCAAGAAGUCGACCUAUUUAAUGACGAUAUCAAAUCCAACAAUUACACUACUAGCUGCACUUGGGAUGAAUGGGAGAAAACUAUGAUUCGCUACGACCCGACUGAGCGUGGCUUCGGGGAGUUCUUCGUCUACGCUUCAUGCUACUGGGUUGAACACUUGAGCAUGAUCACUAGGCCGUCCCUGCUAGAGUUGGCGAGCAUCGAAAAGCUAUGCCAGCCCGGUUCUACUAGGAUUCACAAUUGGAUUGAGCAGAAUCGUCGGCCUGGCUGCGUCAUUCUGCCAAGGUUCGAAUUUGACCCUAGUUUGUAUGACCCCCUUGGUAUUACCGCGCUUUUUGGCUCACCGGAGAUGUUUCGCCAUGUGGUUGAGAGUUGGGACUUUAGUAAUGAAAAUUUCUUGCCUGAGUCAAAUAUGCGGGCUGCUGACCAACUCAUUCGAUGGGGUGAUAUAUCUAGGCUGAGGAUGCUUCCUCUCGAUGAGAGAGCUAAGCAUCAGGUUCUCAUUCUCGAUUUCUUCCAGCUAGCCAUUAACCAGUGGUAUAGGCGUAAGGCUGACUUACGAUGUCAAAGUUGGGACGCAGUUUUUGACCUCGUUGAUGACAUCCUGGACGCAAUAAUACAGGAAAAGUGGGCAAAGGAGCUCCUUUGCGCGGCUGCCGGGAAGGGCUGUAUGCCGAUGAUCCGGCGUUUGGUAAGCAGAGCUAGGAUCAACAAAGAGCUGGAGAGGGAACUGCUACGUCAAGAUUUUCGCUACCCUUACGAGGCAGUAUAUACCAAUGCAGUGCAUCAAUCAAUUGAUGAAGCUAUGAAGGGGGAUCACAUCGAGGUGGUCGAGUAUUUAUUAGACCAAUACGGUACUGAAGCACACCUCCCAAACUCCAACUCACACGAGAAGGAUGCUUUGCAUCUGGAUGUUGAGAAAUGCGGCCCCGACAUGCGAAAACAUUAG